AUGGCUCCAAUUACUCCUAGAGCUUCCAAAAUUUUGAAAUCCAAGAAAGAUACAACCCCAUCUUCCUCUCAAAAGAAACUUAAACAAUCAUCUCUAUUGUCUUUCUUCUCAAAACAGAAACCUGAUAAUAAUAUAGCUACUCAUAAUAAAUCAUCAAGAGGGUCUCCUAUCUCUAAUAAAACCAAAAUAUGUAAAAGUAAUGAUUUCCCUUCGUCUGUAGGUGAAAGUGAUACCACUUUAAUAGAUAAUUCAAAAUUAAUAAAGAAUGAUAACCAGCCUGAACCUAACACUUCAAUCACUGUAGAUAUUGAAUCAGGAGACGAAAUGGAUACCACUUUUGAGGGGAAAAAUAAUGCGAUUGAUAAUAUGUUAAAGUCGACUUCUAAAUCAGGAAGAAUUAAAAGGCAUAUAAACUAUGCCGAGAGUGACGUGGAAGAUGAAGAUUUACUUUUAUCUUCAUCUAAGAAGAGAAAAUCAAAUAUGAAGACCAAAUUAUUUACUGAAGAUUCAGAUUUUGAAUCAGAUGAAUAUAUUCCAACAAAGGAAGAGCUAGAAGGAGAUCAAGAUGUUGAUUAUGAAGAAGAAAAUAAUAUCAAAUCUAACAAUCGUUUGGGUUCCCAUCAAAAUAAAAGAAAUGAUUUUGAUGAUGAUGAUGAUGACGAUGAAGAUUUAUUAUUGUUAUCAAAUACACAAAAACGUAAAGAUAAACCAAAUAUUAGCAAGAUACAGUCUAUAUCUAAGCCUGUUACAAAAUUAACAAAGCCAAAAUUGGCAAAUACUACAAUAAAGAAUAAAAACUUUAACAAAGUUAAUGAAGAAAGGUAUUCAUGGUUAGUUGAUGAAAGAGAUGCUCAAGGAAGAUCCACCAAUGAUCCAGAGUAUGAUCCAAGAACAUUAUAUAUCCCAAGUAGUGCAUGGAAUAAGUUUACACCCUUUGAAAGACAAUAUUGGGAGAUUAAAUCAAAGAUGUGGGAUUGCAUUGUGUUCUUCAAGAAGGGUAAGUUCUUUGAACUUUAUGAAAAAGAUGCCUUUUUGGCAAACAAUUUAUUUGAUUUAAAAUUAGCCGGUAAUGGUAGAGCAAACAUGCAACUAGCUGGGAUACCUGAAAUGUCAUUUGAAUACUGGGCUUCAAGAUUUAUUGAUUUGGGUUAUAAAGUUGCGAAGGUGGAUCAGAAGGAAUCAAUGCUGGCGAAAGAAAUGAGAGAAGGUUCUAAGGGGAUAGUUAAAAGAGAAUUAGAAUGUGUAUUAACGUCUGGUACUUUAACAGAUGGCGACAUGAUUCAUACAGAUUUAGCCACAUAUUGUCUUGCUAUUAGAGAAGAAGCUGGUAAUUAUUAUGAUAUUAAUGGUAUUUUUAGUCAUAACCCGGCGACUGCAUCUCUGUCAAGUAAAAUAUUUGGUAUUGCAUUUAUUGAUACAUCAACUGGUGAAGUCCAAAUGACAGAAUUUGUUGAUGACAAUGACUGCUCUAAAUUAGAUACUAUUAUGUCACAAAUUAAACCAAAAGAAAUUAUUAUGGAAAAAAAUAAUUUGAGUAGUUUGGCAAAUAAAAUAAUUAAAUUUAAUGCUGCGACUAAUGCUAUUUAUAAUGUUAUUAAACCAGAAAAGGAAUUUUAUACUUUUGAAAAGACAUAUAAUAUACUGAUAUCUAAUGAAAAUGAUAUUUUUGAAGAUGAAUCAAAAUGGCCUCAGGUAUUACGAGAUUAUUAUAAGGGAAAUAAACAGGUUGGGUUCAGUGCAUUUGGAGGUUUAUUAUAUUACUUGAAUUGGUUAAAAUUAGAUAAGAGUUUACUAUCUAUGGGGAAUAUUAAAGAAUACAACCCAAUAAAAUUACAUAAUGCAUUAAUAUUGGACGGUGUGACCCUACAAAAUCUAGAAUUAUUUAGUAAUACAUACGAUGGUUCUGAUAAGGGUACACUGUUUAGACUAUUUAACAAAGCUAUUACUCCAAUGGGUAAAAGAAUGAUGAGACAAUGGUUAAUGAGACCACUAUAUAAUAAAGCAGAUAUUGAGAAAAGAUUGAACACUGUCGAUAUGUUUAUGUCUGAUACUGAUAUUAGACGUCUUCUCGAAACAUCCUUAGCAAGAUUACCUGAUUUAGAAAGAAUGCUAACUCGCAUACACUCAUGUACCAUAAAGGUCAAGGAUUUUGAAAGAGUAAUUACUGCUUUUGAAGAAAUCAUCGCCUUGGUAGAUUCACUCCAAAAUGAGGUAAAAUUUCAAGAUAACAUAAAGACAACAGCUUUAGGAGAAUAUCUUCAACAAAUUCCAAAAGCCUUAUGUGAAAAUGUGACUACCUGGUCUAACGCAUUUGAUAGACAGAAGGCAACUAUAGAUAAUGUUAUUAUUCCACAUCGUGGAGUAGAACCAGAUUUUGAUAAAUCCUUAAAAGAUAUUGAAAGUUUAGAAAAUGAAUUACAAGAAUUAUUGAAGCAGUAUAGAAAGCAGUUUAGAUGUUCCAAUAUUGUGUACAAAGAUUCUGGAAAAGAAACCUACACAAUUGAAAUUCCAAUUAACGUGUGUAAAAAUGUGCCAUCUAAUUGGACACAAAUGGGUUCAAGUAGAUCAACUAAGCGGUACUAUUCUGAUGAAGUGAAAGUGUUGGCUCGUCGUAUGGCAGAAACACGUGAGAGUCAUAAAAUUUUAGAAGAAGAGUUAAAAAACAGAUUAUGCCUUAAAUUUGAUAAAAAUUAUAACAAUAUAUGGGUACCUACAAUUCAAAUAAUAUCUCAAAUUGAUUGUUUGAUUGCAUUAACAAGAACAUCAGAGUCUAUUGGAUUUCCAUCUUGUAGACCAGAAUUUGUAGAUGAAGUAGAUCCUUUAACAGGUAAUAGAUUAAAUGGUUUUAUUAAAUUCAAAUCUUUGAGACACCCCUAUUUUAAUGAAGGUAGUUCAGUUAUUCGUGAAUUUAUACCAAAUGACAUUGAGUUGGGAGGUGAUCAACCACAAUUAGGUCUAUUAACUGGGGCUAAUGCUGCUGGUAAGUCUACAAUAUUGAGAAUUACAUGUCUUGCGGUAAUUAUGGCCCAAAUGGGUUGUUAUGUUCCAUGUGAAAUGGCAAGGUUGAGUCCAAUUGAUAGAAUUAUGACUCGUUUAGGUGCUAAUGAUAAUAUUAUGCAGGGUAAAUCUACAUUUUUUGUAGAACUAUCUGAAACGAAGAAAAUUUUAGAUAUGGCUACAAAUAGAUCAUUAUUGGUAGUUGAUGAAUUGGGUAGAGGUGGUUCUUCAAGUGAUGGGUUUUCUAUUGCUGAAAGUGUUCUGUAUCAUGUAGCAACUCACAUUCAGAGUUUAGGUUUUUUUGCCACACAUUAUGGGACACUAGGUUUACAAUUUAUUGGUCAUCCACAAGUUAGACCCAUGAGAAUGCAAAUCCUUGUAGAUGAAAAGACCAGAAAUGUGACAUUUUUGUAUAAGUUAGAGGAUGGAGCUAGUGAAGGUUCUUUUGGUAUGCAUGUUGCCGCUAUGUGCAAUAUUCCCAUGAGUGUUGUCGAUAAUGCAGAGAAAGCAGCUGAGGAACUAGAGAAUACUUCAAAACUGAUGAAACAGUUGAAUAAUAUACAUGAACAAGCUGUUAAAAAUAGCACAGUAUCCGAUGGAUUACAAAGUGAUUUAGUUAGAUUGUUGUAUGGAUCUGGACUAACCAACGAUGCUAUGGGCACAGGUGAAGGAGUUGCAAAUUACGAUUCUAAUAUUAAGUUGAAUGUAUUGAAAAAUCUUUUUAAGUUAAUAGAAAGUACACAGUAA